UCUCUUUUAGGAGUUGUUGAGGUCUUGUUGUUUUCUCAGUCCGAGGAUCACAGAGGGGAAAGGAGGAGCGCGCGGGGAAACCCGAGAUCCCGAGGCUUAAACACACGGACCCCAGCACCCAAUUUCUGUCUACCUGUCUGUCUGCCUGUCUGUCUGUCUCUGUCUGUCUCUCUCUUUCUCUCUCCACUCUUUCUCUUUCUGUUGAAGUCUUGUUGCGCGCACGCGGGGAAGGGAAAACACACACACACACACACCCGGAUCCUGCGGACGCGCGAGCCUCAGUCAGAGCACAUGAUGCCGGUCGAGUUCGUUUGUAAGAUUAAAUUCUCUGAGGAGGAGGAGAAGCGGAGAGGCAGAGCGGAUGGAGGAGAGCGCGCGAGUCUGCUGGAGGAGAGCUGCCGCGCGCCGGUAAAGGACCUGGCCGGUUUCGCGAGCUCGUGCUCUCUGCACGGGAUGAAGCACGUGUUCGGCGUGUCGGGCAGCGGCGGCGGUGGCUGCGCGAGGCGCGCGCUCUGGGCCGUGGCGCUGCUGGCGUCGCUCGCGCUCUUCUUGUACCAGGCAUCCCAGUGUGCCGUGUCGUACCUGCAGCGCGCGCACGUGACGGCGCUGCGCGAGGAGGCCGCGCGCGAGCUGCUCUUCCCCGCUGUGACCAUCUGCAACACGAACCGCUUCCGCUUCUCCGCGCUCACCGACGCAGACAUCUACCACCUGGCCAACCUGACGGGCCUCCCGCCCAAAAACACCGAGGGCCACCGCGCGGCUGAUCUGCAGUACCCCGCACCGGACAUGCAGGACAUCUUCAACCGAACCGGACACCAGCUCGAGGACAUGCUCAAGAGCUGCAACUUCAGUGGACACAACUGCUCAGCGCGAGACUUCUCCGUGGUCUACACAAGAUAUGGGAAAUGCUAUACGUUCAAUGGAAACAAAACAACAUCCAAAAAGACAAAGCAGGGAGGCAUGGGAAAUGGCCUGGAGAUCAUGCUGGACAUCCAGCAGGAUGAAUAUCUGCCCAUCUGGAGAGAAACGAACGAGACGUCUUUAGAAGCAGGGAUCCGUGUGCAGAUCCACAGUCAGGAUGAGCCGCCUUACAUCCACCAGCUCGGGUUUGGAGUCUCACCAGGUUUCCAAACCUUCGUGUCUUGUCAGGAGCAAAGGUUGACAUAUCUGCCCCAGCCGUGGGGAAACUGUCGCUCUUCCGCUGAUCGCUCUAUCCCGGGUUAUGACUCGUACAGUAUCAGUGCUUGUCAUUUACACUGUGAGACUCAGCUCGUUCUGCAGGAGUGCCAGUGCCGCAUGGUGCACAUGCCUGGAAAUGCAGAAAUCUGCCCCCCUGACAAACUCAAGUGUGUGGACAAAGCACUGGAACUGUUGCAGAAGAGUUCAGGUGAGUUCUCGUGUGCAUGUGAGACUCCCUGUAAUCUGACGCGCUACGGUAAAGAGCUUUCCAUGGUGAAGAUUCCCAGUAAAGGCUCUGCACGAUACCUGUCCAGAAAAUACCACAAAUCAGAGGAUUACAUUAGAGAAAACUUCCUCAUUCUGGACAUUUUCUUUGAAGCUCUGAACUAUGAGACAAUCGAGCAGAAGAAAGCCUACGAUGUUGCUGGGUUAUUAGGUGAUAUCGGAGGACAGAUGGGUCUCUUCAUUGGAGCGAGUAUCCUCACCGUCCUUGAGAUUCUCGACUACUUUUAUGAGGUGAUUAAGUUAAGGUUACAGCGUGUGUUAAGGCCACAGAAGGAAGAAAAACGACCACAACAACAAUCCAGCACUGUAGCUACAGUCAACCUUCAGGACACAAAGACAAAGGAUGUCAGUGAGCAUAUGGAGAGAAAUGUAGAGGGUGCAACCUUCAACAAAACCUUCCUCCCAAACCACCACCAUCAUCUUCAUCAUCAUCACCUUCGUCAUCAAAAUGAGGACUUUGCCUGCUGACCAAUACUACGGACUUUCUCUGUCUCUGUCUCGGUGUCUGUCUUUCUCUCUCGGAUCUUAUUUUCACCAGUGAAAGCUCCAGCCAAAGCUCAAUUCCUAAACCUGUGCUUGGGACAGUCAGAGGGUGUGUGUGUGUGUGUGUGUGUGUGUGUGUGUGUGUGUGUGUGUUAAUGAUCUGAGUGCUGGAUGUCUGGAUGAGCUGGACUGCUGGAGCAGUUUGGGUGCCAGAUCAGGACUUUCUCCAGCUGCGCUCCUACUCCUCUGUGUGAGCCGUCCUGUAAAAUUCCCCUUCAGUCACUGGGACAUGAUUUGGUCAGUGCUGGACACGAGCGUCUUCUCGCUGUAUAACCGAGCGAGUGUGUAUCAGAGCAGUAGCGUAUAUUUGUCUCUCUAG